AUGGGGCUCCAGGAGGUUUUCACGUCCACUUCUCUGGAGCUCCAAGGCAUUCAUUCCGUCCGCUGGCUUUCACGGGGCGACGCAGUGCUCAGGCUUGUCGCUGUGCUUCCGGCUCUCAUCGUGAUGCUGAAGGAGUGGGACGCCAAGCUGUAUGCUCUUGUGACAAGUUACAAAUUUCAGUUCCUUCUUUUCUUCAUUGCGGAUGUGCUUGAGCAGCUCAACAUCCUGAACAGGGCGUUCCAGCACAAGGAACUUGACUAUGCCAGCGUGCAUGCGCAGAUCAAGCGCACAAUGUCGCACAUCGAGAGCCGUUACGUUGAUUGCGGCGACGACUUCGAUGGCGGCGUGAGCGAGCUGUUGUCCCCCUUCAUCGCGCGCCAUGGGCCAGGAGGAAACCGGGAGGUGAAGGUUGAAGGGGUUGACUCGGACGGCCGUCCUGCACGCUUCACCUUCAGGCUGCAUGAGGACGAGCUGGAGGAGUUUGUGUCAGAAUGA